AUGGACGUCUGCUUCAGUACAAUUCCCCAAUCCGAACCCACUCGAACCACCUUCUUCUUCUCGUCCUCCCCAAUCAAGAAGCAAUCGUGUUUCACUUUCCCCGCAACACGAACCAGAUUCCUCCGCCGCCCCAUUUCCUCCACCUCCGCCGCAGCCACCGCCGAUGAAGAAUCCCCUCGGAACCCCUCCCAAUCCUCGAAAACGAAGAAGAACGGCCCGUCUCUCUCCGACCAGCUCAAGCCGCUCUCCGCCGCCACACUCUCCGCUGCACCCGACCGUCGCCUCCAGUCAUCCAACUCGAAAUCCACAUGGGUCAACCCGGCGAGGCCCAAGAGGUCAGUCCUCUCCCUCCACCGCCACAAGAGAUCUGCCUAUGCCCACAACCCCAAGGUGAGAGAGCUCCGCCUCUUUGCACAGAAGCUGAGCGAUUCGGCCCCGUCUGAAGCCGAAUUCGCCGCCGCAAUCGCGCAGCUGCCUCACCCGCCCACCCGAGAAAACUCGCUCCUAAUCCUCAACAGCUUGAAAUCAUGGCAGCAGAGCUACAUGUUCUUCCAGUGGCUGAAAACCCUAGAGGACUCCUUCCCCCUCGAGACCAUCUUCUACAAUGUGGCAAUGAAGUCCCUGCGAUUCGGCAAGCAGUUUGAAUUGAUCGAGCAGCUGGCUAAUGAAAUGGUGAGCAAUGAAAUACCUCUUGAUAACAUCACUUACUCUACAAUCAUAACUUGUGCCAAGAGAUGCAAUCGAUUCGAUAAGGCGCUGGAAUGGUUCGAGAGAAUGUAUAGGACAGGGUUGAUGCCUGAUGAAGUGACUUACUCGGCUGUGCUAGACGUGUAUGCCAAGUUGGGGAAAGUUGAGGAAGUUCUGAGCUUGUACGAGAGAGGAGUAGCUAGUGGAUGGAAGCCCGAUUCGAUCACGUUUUCGGUGCUUGCCAAGAUGUUUGGGGAAGCUGGUGAUUACGAUGGGAUUCGGUAUGUUCUUCAGGAGAUGAAAGCUCUAGGUGUGCAGCCUAACAUGGUAGUGUACAACACCCUGUUGGAAGCAAUGGGGAAGGCUGGGAAACCGGGUUUGGCGCGCAGCCUGUUCGAGGAAAUGAUCGGUUUGGGAUUAACCCCGGAUGAGAAGACACUAACCGCAAUGAUCAAGGUCUACGGCAAGGCUCGAUGGGCUAAAGAUGCAAUGGAGCUGUGGGACAGAAUGAGGGAGAAUGGCUGGCCGAUGGACUUUAUCUUGUACAACACGUUGCUGAGCAUGUGUGCUGACCUGGCAUUGGUGGAGGAGGCCGAAAAACUGUUCGAGGAUAUGAAGAGCUCGAAGGUCUGCAAGCCGGACAGCUGGACUUAUACUGCGAUGAUGAAUAUAUAUGGCAGCGGAGGGAAUGCUGAGAAAGCUAUGGAGUUGUUCGAUGAGAUGUCGAGUUUGGGUGUUGCGCUCAAUGUCAUGGGAUCCACUUGCUUGAUUCAAUGCUUAGGGAAAAGUCAAAAGAUCGAUGAUCUCGUUAGAGUGUUUGAUGUUGUGAUUGGACAGGGGAUUAAGCCCGACGAUCGGCUAUCUGGAUGCUUGCUCUCAAUCGUAGCUAUGUGCGAAAGCAAUGAUGACACUGCCAAGGUUGUUGAUUGUCUAAGAUUAGCUAACCCGAAACUGGUGGGGUUUCUGAACUCCAUUCAGGAUGAGACGACCCGGUUUGAGGAUGUUAAGGAUGAGUUUAAGGUGCUGAUGAGCAGCACUUCAGUUGAGUCAAGGAGGCCGUUCUGCAACUGCUUGAUUGAUGUAUGUCGGAACAGGGAGCGUCAUACAAGAGCUCACGAGCUGCUCUAUCUUGGUACACUAUUCGGGUUGUACCCGGAUUUACAUAACGUGACUCAGGAGGAAUGGAGCCUCGACGUUCGGUCUCUCUCUGUUGGAGCAGCAUGUACUGCGCUGGAGGAGUGGAUAGGGACGCUGGCAAAGUUCGUGAGCAAGAACGAGGAGCUGCCGGAGCUGUUCUCAGCUCAGACAGGGGCUGGCACCCACAAGUUUGCUCAAGGGAUGGCGAGCUCAUUCGGAGCUCAUGUGGAGAGGAUGAGCGCGCCGUUCAGGCAGUGCGAGGAGAGAGGCGCUGGGUGCUUCGUGGCUAGCCGAGAGGAUUUGGUGGCGUGGCUGGAGUCGAGGGCAUCAGCACCUUCCGCAGCUGCUGUCACUGCUUGA